UCAUCAAAGGUCCUUUAGUCCCUGGGAUCUAUCCUGCCAGUAUCUAGACAGGCCUUUUCGUGCUGUAGAAGUUGCCAGUGAUGUCUGUAAACUAUGCGGCUGGCUUGUCCCCUUAUGCUGAUAAAGGGCGCUGCGGGCUGCCGGAGAUUUUUGACUCGCCAGAAGAUCUGAAUAAAAAAGUGAAGGAACUUGCAGAUAUGGUUCGGAAAGCUUCAUACAUUGUCUUUCAUACAGGAGCUGGAAUAAGUACUUCAUGUGGAAUCCCUGAUUUUAGAGGUCCUAAUGGUGUAUGGACAAUGGAGGAAAAGGGUUUAAAUCCUAAAUUUGACACAACAUUUGAAACUGCACGUCCAUCUGCAACACACAUGGCACUAUUGCAGCUACAGAGAGUUGGUAUCUUGAAGUUUUUGAUCAGUCAGAAUGUUGAUGGUUUACAUGUAAGAUCUGGAUUUCCAAGGGACCACUUGGCAGAGCUUCAUGGAAAUAUGUUUGUUGAGGAAUGUACAAAAUGUGGCAAACAAUAUGUUCGAGAUUACGUAGUUGGAUCCAUGGGUUUGAAACCUACUGGAAGAUUCUGUGAUGUUCCCAAAGUAAGAGGCCUACGAGCUUGCAGGGGAAAACUAAUUGAUACAAUCCUUGAUUGGGAGGAUUCUUUACCAGACAAAGAUUUGAAUCUUGCAGAUGAAGCCUGCAGAAAGGCAGAUCUGUCCAUCACUCUUGGAACAUCUCUGCAAAUUAAGCCCAGUGGGAAUCUUCCUCUGUUGACUAAACGUAAAGGUGGAAAACUGGUGAUUGUUAAUCUGCAGUCAACUAAACAUGAUCGUUAUGCUGAUUUGCGUAUUCAUGGAUAUGUGGAUGAAGUAAUGACUCGGUUAAUGCAGAAUCUGGAUCUUGAAAUUCCUAUGUGGACUGGUCUGCCAACUAAAUUAGAACCCAAAGAUCAGGUCACUGAACAUCCCAUUAACUGCAAUGGAGAUAUAGAUUCUGCACUUAUUAAAAAGGAAGAAAGGAACACUUGCGCUGAAGAGAACCCACACCUGCCAAAAAGAGCAAAAGUGGAAACCACUUGUGCUUGAAUUUUGAUUAUUUACAUUCAGGAAAAUAAUUUUCUUUUUAGGUUUUUUGAUUCUUUUUAUUUUGAUCCUCUAAAAAUUGCUGUUUUUACAAGGGAAAUUUUUUUUUAAUUUUAUUUGCAUUUAGGCAAGGUUUCCAAGCAGGACUUUUUAUGGUGAUUUUUGGAAAACCGCUGCUGCAGUUUUUGAGCCAAAGUCAGAAGUUGAUCCAGAAGAAAGGAUAAGUAUAAAGCUUUCCUUUUAUAUUUACCUUUCCUUUUGAAUACUCUUCUGGCUUUGGUUCAAAAACUGCAAUGGCAGUUUACCAGAAAAAACGGCAGAAAAAAAUGCAUUUUAAUGCAUUUUGACCAUACUUGGCUGUUUUUAGUUGUUGUGUUUUUAUUUCUUUGCUUACAGCUAAAGCUAUAGCCCAAAAUGUGUGAGCUUUUUUUUGUUGCAUCAGCACUUAAAGGGGUACUCCGCUGUAAACAUCUUAUCCCCUAUUCUUUGGAUAGGGGAUAGGAUGUUUACAUCGGCGUACCCCUUUAAAUUUAUGGCUGUUAAAUUUAUGACAGUUACAGCGCUAAAAUUGUUUGUGCACAAGGAGCCGUUAUACCAUUAAGUUUCAUUAAACUUAGCAGUAAGAAAAUUGCUGUUAGUUGGUGAGAUUUUUAAACUGUAAGGUAUGUCCACUGCUGCUGCAGAUUUGAUGCUGGGUCGAACCAUUUAUUUUUAUUGAUUUUACCAACAAAUCUGCAACAAGUGUGAAUAUGCCAUAAAACAUAAAUGUUUGGGCCGUUUUCCUGGGCAAAAAAUGGCCAAAAAUACUGUCGGAAUCUAGCCUUCAAGUGGAAAAUGUUCAUUGCUAAUUCAGUGGACAUUGGACAGUGAAAAUAUUGAAUAGCAUUGGAAUGGGACCAAAACAAUGCAGUCAUAAGGAAUAUUUAUUCAGACUGUUCUUUUUAUUCCUACAUUAUUGUGCAAAAGAAGUGUACAUAGCCAGAUGUGAAACUGUAAAAUUUUUUUUAAUUUUGAUUUCUGUUUUUUAAAAGAAUAAACUAUUCCAUUCUAAAUGGCCUCUGACUAAAAUGUAAUUUACAUUUUUUUUUUUUUAAAUAAAUGAACUAA